AUGGUCAAGGUCGGCAUCAACGGUUUCGGCCGCAUUGGUCGUAUCGUCUUCCGCAAUGCCGUCGAGCACCCGGAGAUCGAGAUCGUCGCCGUCAACGACCCCUUCAUUGAGCCCAAGUACGCCGAGUACAUGCUCAAGUACGACUCCACCCACGGUCAGUUCAAGGGUGACAUCAAGGUCCAGGGCUCUGACCUCGUCAUCAACGGCAAGACCGUCAAGUUCUACACCGAGCGUGACCCCGCCGCCAUCCCCUGGAAGGACACUGGUGCCGAGUACAUUGUCGAGUCCACUGGUGUCUUCACCACCACCGACAAGGCCUCUGCUCACUUGAAGGGUGGUGCCAAGAAGGUCAUCAUCUCUGCUCCCUCUGCUGAUGCCCCCAUGUACGUGAUGGGUGUCAACGAGAAGACCUACGACGGCAAGGCCGAUGUCAUCUCCAACGCCUCUUGCACCACCAACUGCUUGGCUCCCCUCGCCAAGGUCAUCCACGACAAGUUCACCAUCAUUGAGGGUCUCAUGACCACUGUCCACUCCUACACUGCCACCCAGAAGACCGUCGACGGUCCCUCGGCCAAGGACUGGCGUGGUGGCCGUACUGCUGCUCAGAACAUCAUUCCCAGCAGCACUGGUGCCGCCAAGGCUGUCGGCAAGGUCAUUCCCGACCUCAACGGCAAGCUUACCGGCAUGUCCAUGCGUGUCCCUACCGCCAACGUCUCCGUUGUUGACCUGACUGCCCGUAUUGAGAAGGGUGCCAGCUACGACGAGAUCAAGGAGGCCAUCAAGGAGGCCGCCAACGGUCCCCUCAAGGGCGUUCUGGCUUACACUGAGGACGAGGUUGUCUCCACUGACAUGAUUGGCAACACUCACUCCUCCAUCUUCGAUGCCAAGGCUGGUAUCUCCCUCAACAACAACUUUGUCAAGCUCGUCUCCUGGUACGACAACGAGUGGGGUUACUCCCGCCGUGUCCUGGACCUCCUGGCCUACGUUGCCAAGGUUGACGCUGGCAAAUGA